AUGAGGGGUUCUCCGAGAGAAAUAUCUCUAUGGAGGUUUGGUGACGGCUCAUGGUCCUACACGCUUAUACCAGAGCCAGAUAUCAGCACCGAACUUGCACGUCAAUCUGAUGCUCGAGCACACGGAACCACGCACUGUGUUUCAUUCCAGCCGAACGGACUUGAAGAAAACUGGAAUCAAGAUGUACAGCUUCGUGCUAUCUUCGAUGGACAUAUGGGAUACGAUACAGUAAACCAUGUCGCCGAACACCUAUCAACAAAGGUCCAAGAUCGUCUCAAUAACGCUUUCCCCAAGCUAGAUCCUGACUCAGUGUCCUCCCUACUUGCAGAAGUCAUCACAACUGUUGACGAUUCUCUGCUAGUGGAUUUGCUCUCCGGCAUACCUUCCGAAAGCCAAUUAUCCUCCCUUACAGAAUACGAGGUCCAAAAUAUCCUCGGCGGUGAUCACCGUAGUAAGGUCUUGCGUUCUAUGCAAGGAACUACUGUGAUUAUUGCUUUGACGAAUCCUGAUAAUGAAGAUCUUUGGGUAGCCAGUUUAGGUGAUAGUUAUGCUGUUCUGGGAAUACAGUCAAGCUAUGACGAUCGACGCGAAUCAAUGUUUCUGAGCUCUUAUCACAACGGUCUGAACCCUCGAGAAAGAGAGCGGCUCAUACGAGGACAUCCAAAUGAACCAGAAGUCUUGUCUCGAAAUCGCGUUUUGGGUGGUCUCGCGGUGACUAGAGUUCAACAUGCGUGUAAUCAUGUUAGCGGAGACUACCCAUAUAAACUUCCCUCAAUUUACACCGAUCGAGUAUUCCUACACGCUUCGCAGUCUCGGAAUCAAAGAGAGUUAAUCAACUCCGUCAACAACCGAAAUCUAACUCCACCGUACAUCUCCAAUGUUCCAGACGUGAAAUACGUCGAUCUCAAAUCAAAGAGACUUGGCGAUUCACCGUCUAGACUGAAUACUGACAAAAAGGGGAAUGAUAUAGUCCUUCGUAUGUGUCUCUUGAUGUGUACAGAUGGCUUGGUCGAUUUGUACGAAGACGAAUUGGAGACCAAAGAGCCUCUUGAUAUUUUUCAGAGAUGUAUGGAUGUCGCAUGUGCUGUGCCAACCGCCAGGUAUUGUAAAACGUCAACAACAGAUCAUUGCGACAAUGUUGCACUCUCAAUCCUCCGAGAUGCAUUAGGGGGAACAGACAUUGAAAAGGUAUCUACUAUGAUGACGGUAGAAAUGCAGGACAAGUGGAUGGAUGAUACUACAAUUUUGUUUGAAUUUCUAUAA